CCUACCGCUUCUGGUAUCCAGUUCUUUGCUUUGGCCCCCCUUCGCCGCCGCCCUCCCGGUAAAGCUGCCUGCCGUAGGGAAGGAAGGGGGGGAAAUUCCAGCACGCGCAUCUCCACCCAUUCCCGCGCCGCAAGUCUCGUGCUUGUCUGUGGAAUCGCGGUGAGAUGAUGAUCCCUUGGGGCGGGGUGGGAUGCUGCCUCAGCGCCGCGGCGUUGUAUCUUCUCGGGAGGAGCAGUGGGAGGGAUGCGGAGGUGCUGCGAUCGGUGGCGAGGGCGGGCAGCAUGAAGGAUUUAGCUGCUAUCUUGGACACUGCAAUUAAAGUUCUACCACUUGUAGUUGCCGUCUCUGGACGAGUUGGUUCAGACACGCCACUGAUAUGCCAACAAAGUGGCAUGAGAGGUGUAAUCGUUGAGGAAACGGCAGAGCAACACUUCCUGAAGCACAACGAUGCUGGAUCCUGGAUUCAAGAUUCUGCAGUGAUGCUUUCUGUUAGCAAAGAGGUUCCAUGGUAUCUGGAUGAUGGUACUGGGCGUGCCUAUGUGGUCGGUGCGCGUGCUGCAGCCGGUUUAAUUUUAACUGUUGCCAGUGAUGUUUUUGAGGAGUCAGGGCGAACACUUGUACGUGGAACUCUAGAUUAUUUACAAGGAUUGAAGAUGCUUGGAGUAAAGCGAACUGAAAGGGUACUUCCAACUGGAACUUCAUUGACGGUUGUUGGUGAGGCCAUUAAAGAUGAUGUUGGAACUAUUCGAAUUCAGCGACCGCACAAAGGACCAUUUUAUGUAUCCCCGAAAAGCAUCGAUCAACUUAUCUUGAAUCUUGGAAAAUGGGCCAAGUUAUAUCGACUCGCUUCCAUGGGCUUUGCAACAUUUGGUGUCUUCCUUCUUGCAAAGCGUGCAAUACAACAUUUUCUGGAAAGAAAGCGACGGAAUGAACUGCAGAAAAGGGUUCUUCAUGCUGCAGCACAAAGGCAAGCUAGGGAAGCUGAAGGGGCCAAUGGUACAUCGGACACAGAGCCUAACAGUAGAAAAGAUCAAUUAGUGCUGGACAUAUGUGUCAUAUGCCUUGAGCAAGAGUACAAUGCUGUUUUUGUGCCGUGUGGCCACAUGUGUUGCUGCAUGACCUGCUCCUCGCAUUUAACAAACUGCCCACUUUGCCGGAGAAGAAUCGACCAAGCUGUCAGAACUUUCCGCCAUUGACAGUAAUAUACGAUGCAAAACCUGGCAUCGUACCACCACGGUGAACUGCUUCUUUUGAAACCAGUUGGUUCUUCGAGUGCUCGCUACUGUCAGUCAAAGACAUGAACUGCAAUACUGGGCUGAAGGUUGUUCAAGGAGUCUGCUUUACUGACAGAACAGCGAGUGAUGCAAACUCGCAAUUGGCAGCUAACAUUCAUUGUCAAACGGUGCUCUUGCCUGUAAUCUACAAUUGUGUACAGAAUGUUCUUGUGUAAAUGCGCAUAGGCUGCGCACACCUGUCUAUCAUGCGUCUAUGUGAAAGAUGUUUGGGUCAUUUGUUGCUGCCCAAAUGCCCAACGAAAAUUUGCGCAAAGGAAUAACAAAGUUGUUUCGCUUUGUAAAUGAUAAUCCAUUUUGCUGAUUAAUGGAAAUGAGACGCCAUCUCUUGAUGGCUUGUGUGCUCAAAUCAUUUUCGCGGGGCCAUAGGAAACAAAGUUUGUAAUGUGUUGCGACUCAUUCUGUAAUCUGUAUGCUUAACAGUUUCUGUAAGGCUUCUAGUACGCGUAAAAUCCAUGUUACCACUUCA